AUGGGCAACUCAAACACCAAGGAGUCUCGCCCCGACGGCGAUGACGAUGGUGCCCAGGGGCGUCGGCGCUCCGCCAACGGCGACCCCGUGGCUUUGGCUCGCGACCUUGCUAGAGAUUCUGGCCCCAGGUCACGGAAUCGUUCGGGCCGCCCCGAAAUCAACAUCUUUGGCCUCGGCAGUUCUUCCUCUCGAGAUCGUGAACGCCAGGAUGCUCCGUUUGAGCGCCGUGAAACAAGACAGGAGCGUGAAGCCAGGAAACUCGAGAAGGAGCGGGCUGCCCGGGCGAAAGAGCGUGAACGGAGUAUUCGCGAGGAACAUGUUGAUGGAGGCUAUUUGGUCACCCUGGGCACCUACACCGGCACUGAGGAUUUCAGCAAGCCUGUUGUGAGGCAGUUACAAAUUGAGAGAAAGAUGGCGCCUUUCUGGCGCGGUCUCGACGACUGGUCUUCUAGCUGGAACGAGCACCAACUUGUAGCCGCUGCCCGAGGCCUCCCCGUACCCGCCGCCGAUGCGCCCCCCGACCCGGAGCUGAUGCCCGUGCCUCCCCCGGUCGACCCCCGAUCCUCUUCGAGCCAGAACCUCCAGAGCCUCACUGUGCCCAUGGGGCCGCGAACACUCUCCGUUGCAUCGGAUCAUAGUGGAUCUGCCGCCGGAUCGAACCUCCCCUCGCCAUCGACGACCGGUCCCAGCAAGCCUACCUCGCCUUUCAAGCCGAGAGCAGCGAGGGCCUUGGCUGCCCUUAGCGUGGGCUCCCGCAAUGCGUCGUCGACGGACUUGGCGCCCAAAGAAAUCGCCUUGCCUCAUGACCCAUUCGUCAACGGGCAACCCCUCGAGGUCUUUCUUUACAAGGACGCCGACGAAUGUCCGAUUUGUUUUCUGUCGUAUCCUCCCUACCUCAACCACACGCGAUGUUGCGACCAGCCCAUUUGCAGCGAGUGCUUCGUCCAGAUCAAGCGAGCUGAUCCGCAUCUCCCCGAGCAUCACCCCGAUGGCGAGACCAGAAAUCCCAAUGAGGGUGUCACCGCCGAAAUCCCCCCCGAGCAGCUCAUCUCGGAACCAUCCGCCUGCCCCUACUGCCAACAACCCGAAUUUGGCGUUACGUAUGACCCACCACCCUGCCGAAGAGGUCUCACCUACUCGGUACCCCCAGCACACUUUUCAUCCGCUACAGCCAUGUCUUCGCAGAGUUCAUUAAACUCGACUCUCCCACCGACCUCACCUUCACAUACUGGCCGCCGACGAACUCACAGCUUGUCGGCGAACGCGCCCAACGUUAUCACCACUGAUCGAGUUCGCCCAGACUGGGCUAAUAAGCUGUCCUCAGCGCGUGCUCAUCAGGCCCGUAGAGCGGCUGCUGCAACUGCUCUUCACACUGCCGCUUUCCUUAUGGGCGGUAGUGAACAGCGAACCUCGAUCCUCCGACCCGGUCGCUUCAGCCGAAGAAACACGGGGAACAACUCGGCUGCUAACACCCCGACCGAAGGCCAAGCGGAAUCCCCGGUCGAACCGAGCGAAGGCCCCGAACCCGGGGCUAGAGGGUCGUCUAGGAAUCUGCUUGGUGGGCGUCGAAACCGUAUGGAUGAGCUGGAAGAGAUGAUGUUUAUGGAGGCAGUCCGCUUAUCUCUUGCAGCAGAAGAAGAACGCAAACGGAAGGAAGAAAAGGCGUAUCGCAAAGAAGCAAAGAAGAGGGAGAAGGAGGAGCGAAAGGCGCUCAAGAAGCAAGGCGGCAACCCAUACAGUGGAACCACGAGCGGCGCGAGCGCGAGCAGUCUAUCGCUAGGUAUCGGUCGACGGCGAGGCAAUAGUGCGGCCAGCAACCUGCGGAUGGAGGCGACUGUGUCAAGGGCCUCGCAAGUUUCCAAGAGCCCAGAGCUGCCGAUGGAAAGGGGCAAGGACCAGCACGACAACUCAGCGGACAAGGGCAAGGGAGUCGACCGAGGGCCUCAAGAGCAGCAUAUCGAGCCGAGCUCCUCAUCCAGCUCUCUGCCCCUACCGGUGACCACACCUCGAGGGGGGUCACAUCUGAGGCAAAUGAGCAACGCGUCAUCGAUCGGCGGGUCUUCGGGUGGGGACAGCCCUACGGGGAGCUUUACCGGCCAGGGAUAUCUCGACGCCGACGGAAACCCUCGAUCUAGCGGACUGAGCCUCGGCGGUUAUAGCGAUGAGGGGGACCGUGAUGCCGGAAGCGCAGGCAACGAGCCCAUGUUCAACUUUAGCAGCCUUGCUCAGAUGGUUGGGGCUGAUAUUGAGGGUGGUUCGUCGCAGCGUGAGCCAGGCUCGGAGCCCGAGUCACCCAGGGAUUUAGUCGGUCUCCAGCGCCCCCUUUCGCAAGUUAAGGAAGAAGAUAAGGACGAAGCCGAAGCGGAACAUGUGGAGGAAUCGCGGGUCGGAUAUGUGACGGCUAAGAGCAUGCCUGGCCGACGACUGAGCGAUCUGCCGACGCCUGAGGUGACCAUCACACCCGAAACGCCAGGACCCCGGGACGGCGACGCGGAAGAUAAGCAGCUUGGGUUUUCAAGCGUGUCGGCACGGACGAAUCCCCUGGCGCAGUAG